AUGAAAGAAAUAUAAAUUCAAUGUUAGUAAAGGUACUCAGAUUAACUAUUAUUUCAUUAGUUAUGAAAUCUCACAACCAUUAGCAUUUACAUUUGAUGAAUUAUCAAAAAUAUUGUAUGUAAUUGAUGAAGAAUCCAACAUCAUAAAAUAUGAAUAUAAUAAUAAAUCAAUAAGCGUAUCACAUACCAAUAAUAUUAGAUUCAAACAACUUAUUAGGUCGGUUAACAAAUUCAGAAUAACUCUCAAAUUCUAUCCUUUCAAUAUUUAAUGGAAAAUGAUCAAUUGAUUAUCGUUUAUAGAGAUGGAGCUAUAAUCAAGGUUUAAAAGAGCGAGGCUGAAGUUGUUGGAUAGUUCGAAUGUGGAGUGUUGGGUGCAGCAUGGAAUCCAAAUUAAGAAUAACUAGUUGUUGUUUGUGGUGAUGGAAAAUUAGUGAGUUUUGAUGUACAAUUAGAACCAACUAAAGAAAUUAAUAUAGAAGGUAUCCUUGAUUAACUGGUCUCUAUUUCUUUUAAAAACGAUGGAAAAGUAUUGCCAUUUUGUAAACAUUAUCUAGUUUUUUUCAUUGAAUUAUGCUGUUUAGGGUGGUAGAAUAUGCGAAACAUAUGAUGUACAAUUAGAGAAAUUCAGAAGUCCAAGCAAGUCAGACCCUGAAGGAGGAUUAGUAUAAGCUAUCUUUGAGAAACCAAGAAAUCUUGUUAAUACAGUUUCAUGGUAGCCUAAUAGUUAAUUCAUUGCUGGUAUUUAAGAGAAACAAGUUAUAUUUUGGGAGAAGAAUGGAUUGAGACACUUAGAAUUCAACAUUUUCGAGGAUUCCACAAACGUCAAGUGGAGUCCAGAUGGAAUUAUUUUGGCUGCCUAAUAGGGAAAUAAAAUAACAGUUCAUUUAAGAUAAAAUUAUAAAUGGUAUGCAAAACGAGCUUUUAAGUUUGAAAAACUAGUAGAUUAUACAUUCAUUGAGAAUAAUACUUUAGUAGUGUUUAAUUAAAAUAAUGUGAGCAUUUUUUGGUUGAAUUAUCAAUUUAAUAAUACGACCAUAGGUUUAUCAACUGAUUAUGAUACCCUAUUAGUAAGUGAUUAUAAAAAGGGAGUAAUCCCACCACCUUUAAGUCAUUACUAAUUAAAGGUGGAUAGUCAAAUAGAUUUAGUUUAUUUUGAUAACUUAAUUUAUGUUUAUUCUUUUGAUGGAACACUAUCCAUAUUUGAUAAUGCCAAUUUUUUGGGAAAAGUUAAAUUAGAUAUUGAAUAUGCACAUAAAUUGAUUUGUUAUUAGGACAAAUAAUAGGACCUCAUUUUUUGUCAUGCUGUUUUUGUUGUACAUGAAGCUGAAAGUGAUAAAUUAGUAGAUGUUGUGAUCUCACCAAGUUUUGAAAUUAUAAAUAUAUGGAGAAAAGAGUUCUCUUAACCUACUUAAGUCUCUGCUUUAACUAAAAAGGGACAUUAGAUAAUAUUACACUCAAGAUUUGGAGAAAAGUUUAUAUAUGAUUAAUCAUAAGAAGAAAGCUUAAGUGAAUUUGACUUGGCAAAUAAGGAAUAAAAUGUUUAUGAUAUAAAGAUCUAACAGCAUAAUGAAUGGAUUGCUUGUCUGAAAUCUAAUAGCAAAUUAACUUUGAACAACCAUUUAGUGACAGCUGAAUGUACCUCAUUUGCAUUUUUUGAUCAUUUCUUAGCAUUCACUAUUAACACUGCAGACUAAUUUCAUAAUUUAUAUAUCCUAGAUCUCAAUAAGCCAAUUUAAAUUGAUAAGAAGAGUCUGAAUAUUAGUAAUAUAGAAAGAGGUGCUAAAAUUUUGGCGAUUGUUUCUUUGGAUAGACUUAUUGUCUAAAUACCAAGAGGAAACUUGGAAACAACAGCCCCAAGAGUAAUGGCCUUGCAUUUGUGCAAACAACUUUAUGAUAACAAGCAAUACAAAACAUGCUUUGAAAUGAUUAGAAAGCAUAAAUUAGACAUGAAUCUUAUGUUUGAUUUUUCAGGUGAAUUAGAUGUCUAGAUCAUUGAAUAAUUAUCGGAAUAAUAUCUAUAGCUUUUUAUUUAAUCACUCAAUAAUGAAAUCAGUUUUGAACUUCCUUAUGUUUUGACAGCCGAACAGUACAAACAUCAGAAAGUGUAAAUAGUGGAUAAAACAUUGGGAACGUCCAAAAUUAAUUAUGUUUGUUAAAAGUUGAUUGACAAUAUGAAGGAGUACUUUAUAUCUGUAAAUUUAGGGAAACUCAUAUACUCACAAUAGUUACAGCAAUGUUAAAGAAGGAGCCCAGUGAAGUCGAAGAAGCCCUAUUGAAGACUUUGAAACUAAAACAAAUAGAAUAAUAAUAAGAAGAAGUGCCUCCACAUUUGAAUCCAGAAACCCACAAACCUUUCAAGUAUUGAAUUAAUUUUAUUACUGUAGAAAGCAUCACAAAAUUAAGUCAGAGUAAGUUUUAGAAUACAUUUGCUGGUUAGCAGAUGCUAAUAAGAUGUUUGAAGUAGCUUUGGGGACAUAUGAUUUCGAUUUGGUCAAACAGGUUGCUUAAUUCACUUAGAAGGAUCCUAAAGAAUAUUUGCCUAUGUUGGAAAGAUAUUCAUAAAUAAAAGAUCCAAUUGAUAUGAGAUCCACCAUCCAUAUUGAAUUAAAGAAUUAUGAUAAGGCUAUUAAGGUGUUAUCAGAAGGAAAUGAGGAAUAGAAAUAAAAAUCUAUUGAGUUAAUCAGAAAACAAAACAGAUUUAGAAUAGCUUUGGAAGUGUAUAGAAAUGAUUUAGGAAUGAUGAAAAAAGUGAAGGAAGCUUUGGGAGACUAUUUAAAUAAUCAGAAGUAAUACCAUUAAGCAUCUUUGGCUUAUGAAAGUGCUGGAUUAUAUGAAAAAGCAGUUUAAGCAUCUUCUGAAAUAUUAGAUACUAAAAGAAUUCUAUCAUUCGAUCCAAAAGAGGAUUAUUUGCUAAACUAUAAUUAGAUUUUAUUGGCUGCUGGACGAUGGAAGGAUUGUGGAUAAGUUUAAGAGUAUUUAAAAAAUUAUGAAUAAGCUAUUCAUUAUUAUUGUAAAGCAGAAGAGUGGGAAAGUGUAGCUUAAUGUUUAAGACACAAAUAAAUAAAUAUUGAUGAUCAUUUGUAAUUGGCAUUCUCUUUGAAAGUGAACCAUUUAUUGAAUUAACAACAUUUGUUCAUUUAAAAAUUGGAGAGAUUAAGGAUAGUCUAAGAGUAGAAGAAAGAACAUGGAAUCUUGGCACCAUCUUAAGUUAAUGCUGAUUUUGAUCAGAUGAGUGAUGUAAGUGGAAAAUCAGGAAUGUCAAAGUCUUCUUACACAAUGUCUGUGACUACAGGGGUUAGAAAGAGAAAGCCAAAGGAGAAAUCAUUUUUGAAUAGAAACAUCAAGGAGGGUUCUCCUGUAGAAGAAGAGUACUUGAUUGAAUUUUUAAAGGACAUACAAGCUAAAAGUGCAGACUUAAUUAGUAAAUUAUAAAUUCACAUAUUUAGACUCGAUUAAAAAGUUUUAAAAUUAUCUGAUUUUCUUUAAUCAGCCAAAAUUGUCAUUGGAAUUAUCAACUAAAACAAAAGAGUACUUAAACACAAUUAAGCCUGAAAUUAAGAGUUUGCUUUAAUAACAAUUCGAAGAAUAGAAUUAACAAGCCAUUGAUUUAUAUCCUUAUAAAUCUGUUGUACCAACUGAAUUCAAUCAAGCUUUGGAUGAUUUAAUUAAAUGA